CGCUGGCUGUCUCUAUCUCUGUCAAAUAAAUAAAUAAAAUCUUAAAAAAAACCCCCAAAACUAACAGUUUUGUCUUGAAGGUUAACACGUGAAAUUAUGAUCCUGUGUCUUUGAAAACAGAUUUAUAAGUGAGUAGACAUGAUGGAAUGUAAGGAUAUAUCACAGAGUGAGGCAUUAUUUACCAAUCCCUCUGUUGUUGGGUAUUUAAGCUGUCCUUGAUUUUCAUUAUAAAAACAAUGCCAAAAAAUAAUAAAAAUAAAAAUAAAAACAGUGCCAUAGUGAACAAGCUUGUACAUACAUUUUUGACUGUACUUCUCGACUGUUUCUUAGGAUAAAUUUCUGGAAGUGAAAAUUCCUGGACAAAGGGUUUGAGGCUUUAAAACAAUUUUUUUUAUUAUAUUCGAUUAGCCAACAUAUAGUAUAUCAUUAGUUUUUAAUGUAGUGUUCAACGAUUCAUUAGUUUUUUUUUUAAAGCAAAAUAAUAUUAAAAAAGCAUGGGGUUUCUCUGUACGUGAAUUGUCCUUUCUGAUGGCUACGAAAGGAGAACCGCACUGGCUGAAGGGUACUCCUCGUUUCCUUGGGCUGGAGGGAAGGACAUUUGCGAAGUGUGCUUUCAGGAAGAAACAGUGUGACUUCCCACACGUGCUUGUCUGUAUUAAUGUUUUGACACACGGUCCAGGAGGCAGGCCCUAAGUCUAUUCAGCUUGCUUUUCAUAAUGCUUGGCCAACCCUAGAAGCAGGUGGGCAAAAAAAGAACACCUUUGGGACAAUGAACUUCAUGGUUUGGGUGAGGGAUCUGGGUAGGAAGGGAGCACAGUCUGUUCGUAGCCUCAAGAAGGUCAAGCAGGCCUUGCAUGCUCGCUGAGCCUCCACCCUCUUUCUUUGAAUGGCUAACAGACUUCUGUAACCAACUUCUCCUUUUCUGUCCUUCCUGUCUUUGGUGGCUUCCUUGAAGUGGCUCAGUGGUGCAUGAAGCCCCACGGGUCCUGCUCUCUCCCGCUAUGACUCACAGAUUCCUUCUGUUACCAGCCUUGGUCUUAUUAUGUGAUGGGUUCAACCUGGAGACUGAAAAAGCAGCGAUCUUCCAAGAGAAUGCAAGGAGCUUUGGGCACAGCGUGGUCCAGCUUGAGGGAUCCGGGUUUGUGGUUGGAGCCCCCCAGGAGAUAAAGGCGGCCAACCAAACAGGCGGCCUCUACCAGUGUGACUACAGCACGGGCAAGUGUGACCCCAUCCGCCUGCGGGUCCCCCUGGAGGCGGUGAACAUGUCUCUGGGCCUGUCUCUGGCAUUUGCCACCAAACCUUUCCGACUGCUGGCCUGUGGCCCCACUGUGCACCAAACUUGUAAGGAGAACACCUAUGUGAAUGGCUUAUGCUUCCUGUUUGGACCCAACCUAUGGCAGCAGCCCCAGAGUUUCCCAGAGAAGAUCAGAGAGUGCCCUCGGCAGGACAGUGAUAUUGCCUUCUUGAUUGAUGGCUCUGGUAGCAUCAACCCCAUUGACUUUCAGCGGAUGAAGGAGUUUGUCUCAACUGUGAUGGAUCGAUUCAAGAACUCCAAAACCUUGGUGGGAGAAGCUUUCGACAAUCCAAAACAUCGGGAAGAGCUUAAUACCAUUGCAUCCAAGCCUGCUCGUGAUCACGUGUUUCGGGUGAAUAACUUUGAAGCUCUGAAGACCAUUCAAAACCAGCUUCAGGAAAAGAUCUUUGCAAUUGAGGGAGGAGGUACUCAGUCAGGAGGUACCAGCUCCUUUGAGCAUGAGAUGUCUCAGGAAGGCUUCAGUGCUGCCAUCACCUCUAAUGGCGUCUUGCUAGGUGCUGUGGGGAGCUUUGACUGGGCUGGUGGAGCCUUUCUUCAUGUGUCAAAGGAUAAAUUCACCUUCAUCAACACAACCAGGAUAGAUGCAGACAUGAACGAUGCUUACUUGGGUUAUGCUGCGGAAGUCAUCACGAGGAGCAGGGUACAAAACCUGGUUCUUGGGGCGCCUCGAUAUCAGCACAUUGGCCUGGUGGUGAUGUUCAAAGAGAAUGCUGGUGCCUGGGAGGCCACCUCGGUCAUCAAGGGCAGCCAGAUCGGCUCCUACUUUGGGGCCUCCCUCUGCUCUGUGGACAUUAACAGAGAUGGCAGCUCUGACCUGGUCCUCAUCGGGGCUCCCCAUUACUAUGACCAGACAAGGGGAGGCCAGGUGUCUGUGUGCCCCUUGCCUCGAGGGAGGGCAAAGUGGCAGUGUGGGGAUGUUCUCCGUGGGGAGCAGGGCCACCCCUGGGGCCGCUUUGGAGCAGCCAUGACAGUGCUGGGGGAUGUGAAUGGGGACAAGCUGACAGACGUGGCCAUCGGGGCCCCAGGAGAGCAGGAGAACCAGGGUGCUGUCUACCUAUUUCAUGGAACCUCAGGACCGGGCAUCCGUCUGUCCCACAGCCAGCGGAUUCAAGGCUCCCAGGUCUCCCCUGGACUCCAGUAUUUUGGUCAGUCACUAAGUGGGGGCCAGGACCUCACAAUGGAUGGCCUCGUGGACCUGGCCAUAGGGGCCCAAGGCCGUGUGCUGCUGCUCAGAUCCCAGCCUGUGCUGAGCCUUGAGGUGACCAUGGAUUUCAUACCCAAGGAAGUGGCAAGGAGUGUGUUUGAGUGUCAUGAAAAGGUAGAGAAAGGCCAGAUUGCUGGAGAUGUCAAAGUUUGCCUCCGUGUCCGCAAGAACACAAGGGAUCGGCUAGGAGAAGGAGAGAUCCAGAGCACCGUUACCUAUGACCUGGCUCUGGACCCAAGCCUUCCACAUCCCCGAGUUGUCUUUGAUGCGUCAAAGAACAGCACACGCAGACAGACAAGGAUCAUGAAGCUGAAUCGAGAAUGUGAAAGCCUAAAGCUACUGUUAGUGUAUUGCGUGGAGGACUCAGUGGCCCCCAUCGUCCUGCACUUCAACUAUUCUCUGAUGGGGGAGCCCUUGUCCUCAUUCAAGGACCUCCAGCCAGUGCUGGCUGUGGACGCUCAGAGACACUUUACAGCUUUGUUUCCUUUCGAGCAGAAUUGUGGCAAUGAUAGCAUCUGCCACGAUGACCUCAGCAUCACCUUCACUUUUAUGGGCCUGGACACCCUGGUGGUGGGUGGUCCCCGAGACUUCAAUGUGACACUGACUGUGAGAAACCAGGGCGAGGACUCCUACAGGACUCAGGUCACCAUCUUCUACCCACCUGGCUUGUCCUAUCGGAGGGUGUCAAUAGCCCAGAAGCCGCUCUCCUGGCGACGCUGGCGCCUGACUUGUGAGUCUGAUGACUCCACCAAUGGGCCUGAGGGCCUGAAGAACAGCAGUUGCAGCAUACACCACCCCAUCUUCCCAAACUCCUCAGAGGUCACUUUUAAUAUCACAUUUGGUGUGCAAUCCGAUGCUUCCUUUGGAAACAGAAUACUCCUCAAGGCCAAUGUGACCAGUGAGAACAACACGACCAGGACCAACAAAACUGAAUUCCAGCUGGAGCUGCCUGUGAAAUACACUGUCUUUGUGGUAGUCACCAGCCAUGAGACCUCCACCAAAUAUCUCAACUUCAUAGCUGAGGAGAAGACCAGCCACAGUACAGAGCAUAAGUAUGAGUUAAACAACUUGGGACAGAGGAGCUUACCCAUCAGUGUGGUCUUCUGGGUGCCCACCAAGCUGAACAACGUGACGGUGUGGGACAACCCCCAGCUCAGCUUUUCCAAGAACAUCUCCAGCACAUGCCAUACCGAGGAGAGGGACCCCCUUCUCUCUGACUUCCUGCUGGAGCUUGAGAAGACUCCAGUUGUGAACUGCUCCAUUGCUGUCUGCCAGAGAAUCCAGUGUGACAUCCUGUCCUUUGACAUCCAGGAAAAAGUCAAUAUCACCCUCCAAGGCAAACUCUCGUUUGACUGGUAUAUCAAGACGUCCACAAACUACCUUCAGGUGGUGAGCAAGGCAGAGGUCUCGUUUGAUAAUUCGAAGUUUGCCGUGCUUCCAGGACAGGAGGCAUUUCUGAAGGCCCAGACAGAAACCAAAGUGGAACUGAAUGAAGUGCACAACCCUGUACCACUUAUAGUGGGCAGCUCGGUGGGGGGACUGGUGCUUCUGGCCCUCAUCACCGCUGCACUGUACAAGCUUGGCUUCUUCAAACGGCAAUACAAGGACAUGAUGAGUGAAGCUGGUCCCGAAGAUGCCCAGCCCCAGUAACAGCUCCUUCCCCCAUUGAGCGGCCUCUCCUGCAGCAAGUAGGACAUUGGCGAUGGCAGCUUCUGUGGGUGAACAUAAAGCGAAAGAAGAGGAACCUCCUUUCGUGGGUGAAGACACAGACCUGCAGCAGCUGGAUGGAGACCACACUGGAAGAACCAUGGUGAAGCCAGGAUUUGGUCAGCCACCAGGAGCCUGUCCACCCAUUCCACACUUGGGCUACAGAAGGUCCAAGAGACAAUGGUGCACCUCCCUUUAUCUAUGCAUUUACUUAUUAUUUUAAUGUUAUUUUUAUUUUUUGGAUAGAUAAACCUUGUCCAUAGUACUUAAAUAAAAAGAUGUGGAAGCAGG